AAAUCAUAAUCCCUAGUUCAAUAUUCUAUCAUGUCAGGUGAACAAGCUGGAGUCAAAACUCCAUCUGAGUAUGUUAAACUGAAUAUUGGUGGCUAUUUACAUUACACGACUAUUAGUACUCUCAGAAAACAUGAUACUAUGCUGCGUGCUAUGUUUAGUGGGCGAAUGGAGGUUCUAACAGACAACGAGGGAUGGAUAUUAAUUGACAGAUGUGGCAAACAUUUUGGAACUAUAUUGAAUUAUUUAAGAGAUGGUUCUGUUCCCUUGCCUGAGAGUAUAAAAGAAAUAGCUGAACUUCUUGCUGAAGCUAAAUAUUAUUGCAUAACUGAACUGGCAGAAUCUUGCGAACAGGCUCUUUUAAAAAGAGAGAGAGAGAAUGAUCCAAUUUGUAGAGUAACUCUAAUUACGUCUCAAAGAGAAGAACAAGUAAUCCUCAGCAGCACUAUAAAACCUGUAGUAAAAUUACUGGUAAAUAGACAUAAUAACAAAUAUUCUUAUACAAGUACAUCAGAUGAUAAUUUAUUAAAAAAUAUAGAGCUAUUCGAUAAAAUGUCCUUACGAUUUAGCGGACGAAUUGUUUUCAUUAAAGAUGUUAUAGGUUCCAGUGAAAUUUGUUGUUGGACAUUUUUUGCUCACAGUCGAAAAAUGGCUGAAGUAUGCUGUCAUUCUAUUGUUUACACCACCGAUAAAAAACAUACUAAGGUUGAAUUUCCUGAAGCUCGGAUUUAUGAGGAAACUUUAAACAUAUUAUUGUAUGAAAAUCGAAAUGGUCCUGAUCAAGAAUUAAUGCAGGCUACAUCUUCACAAAUCAGUGGAGCUCCGGCAUGUACAUCAGAUGAAGAAGAAGGCGAGCGCUCUGGAUUGGCUCGACUUCGUUCUAAUAAACAAAACACCAACUGACCCAUUUCGAUAACUCCCCAUCCUGCUAUUCGGAGUGUGGUACGUUCUUUUAAAACCAGGGCUAAUUUUGUUUGUUCAAUAAAAGAUUAUGAUUUCAUGAAAUCAUAAUGUUCUUCAUUUAUUACAGAGUUAAUGAAAAAUUUGUGAAAUCCAACUAUUUAUCAAUAAAUAGCUAAAUUCAAGUUUUUCUC